GUUCAGGAGCGAUUUGCCUUCCGCCUGACGAGCAGCCAGAUCGCCUCAGGCGCUGGCGAAGAGGAAGAGGUGACGGAGGGCGGCUGGCUGGCUGGCUGGCUGAAAGAGACCCGGGAGCCAGCAGCGUCGCCGCCGCCGCCGCCCUCCUCCUCCAAUUCCUCCUCCCUCAGCGCCGCGGCCCAGUAGGAGGGACCCACAGGCAGAGCAACCAGCUAGGCUCUUUCCCGGGUAGGGGGGAGACUCGCUGCCUCAACCCCACCAUGGCCACCAAGGCUCGGGUAAUGUAUGAUUUUGCUGCUGAACCUGGAAACAAUGAGUUAACUGUUAAUGAAGGCGAGAUCAUCACAAUUACUAAUCGGGAUGUAGGUGGGGGCUGGCUGGAAGGGAAAAAUAGUCAAGGAGAGCGAGGACUAGUCCCAACAGAUUAUGUUGAAAUUGUACAUGAAAGUGCCAAAGAUGGAAUUUCAGUGGCUGACCAAGCAUGUUUUGACUGUUUCUCCCCAAAUACUGCACAGGCUAAUUUGCAAGCUGCAAAAAAGAGUAACCAAGUUAUUAGCAAUGCAAAUGACCCCUGGUCAAGCUGGGACAAUACAACAGCUGCUGAUAGCUGGGCAACAAAACCUGAAACUAAACAGAAAAAUAGCACUUCAAAUAACUGGGAUACAACAGCAUUUGGCCAUCCACAAGCUUAUCAAGGUCCAGCAGCUGCUGAUGAUGAUGAUUGGGAUGAUGACUGGGAUGAACCCAAAACAACAGCUGCACCCUAUCCUGGUUAUAAAGAAACAGAGCCUUCUGACCCAGCAGGGCUUCAGCGUGGGAAUAGCCGUGGACCUGCUAUGAAAAUACCACUUAACAAAUUUCCUGGAUUUGCAAAACCUGGAGUUGAACAGUAUCUGUUGGCAAAGCAACUAGUAAAACCCAAAGAGAAAAUUCCCAUAAUAAUUGGAGAUUAUGGUCCAAUGUGGGUUUAUCCUACCUCUACAUUUGACUGUGUUGUGGCUGAUCCAAAAAAGGGUUCUAAAAUGUAUGGUCUGAAGAGCUAUAUUGAAUAUCAACUUACAUGUACAAACACUAAUCGAUCUGUCAACCAUAGAUAUAAACACUUUGACUGGUUAUAUGAGCGUCUCUUGAUUAAAUUUGGAUCAGCCAUUCCAAUUCCAUCUCUUCCAGACAAACAAGUUACAGGGCGUUUUGAAGAAGAAUUUAUCAAAAUGCGGAUGGAGAGGUUACAAGCUUGGAUGACCAGGAUGUGUCGUCAUCCAGUUAUUUCAGAAAGUGAACUUUUUCAGCAGUUCCUUAGUUUCCGUGAUGAAAAGGAAUGGAAAACAGGUAAAAGGAAGGCAGAAAAGGAUGAAAUUGUAGGUGUUAUGGUCUUUUCUACUAUGGAACCAGAAGCCCCUGACUUGGACAUGAUUGAAAUUGAACAGAAGUGUGAUGCAGUUGGCAGGUUCACCAAAGCCAUGGAUGAUGGAGUUAAGGAGUUGUUGACAGUGGGUCAUGAACACUGGAAACGUUGCACUGGGCCAUUACCCAAGGAAUAUCAGAAAAUAGGAAAAGCUUUACAGGGUUUAGCACUGGUUUUCAGUACCAGCGGUUAUCAAGGAGAGACUGAUCUGAAUGAAGCAAUAACAGAAGCAGGAAAAACAUAUGAAGAAAUUGCCAGUCUUGUGGCAGAACAGCCAAAGAAAGAUCUUCAUUUUCUGAUGGAAACUAAUCAUGAAUAUAAAGGAUUUCUUGGUUGCUUCCCAGAUAUCAUAGGUGCGCAUAAGGGAGCAAUAGAAAAAGUGAAAGAAAGUGAUAAACUAGUUGCUACUAGCAAAAUUACCCCACAGGAUAAACAAAACAUGCUGAAGCGCGCAAGUACCAUGUCAUUUGCACUACAGGCUGAAAUGAAUCACUUCCACAGUAACCGGAUUUAUGACUAUAACAGUGUGAUGCGCUUGUACUUGGAGGAGCAGGCACAGUUCUAUGAAAUGAUUGCACAAAAGCUGAGGCAGGCUCUCAGUCGCUUUCCAAUGAUGUAGAUACAGACAACUAAUGAAGAACAACUCCAAAGUGCUUUUCUGAUUUUGCUGGGGGCAGUGCAAAUUAAAAUUGUAAAAUCUUUUGCUAUCCAAAAAUCCUUUUUUUAAGUAUGAGAUGCAAAAAAGUGAAUACUUUGGAUGUGUACUUUGUCUAGCCUAAAUGCCUUGGAUAUUUAUGUAUAUUUUAUCCUGAAUGCUUUCCCUUCUUAUCUAAGCAAAACUGCAAAGUGUUCCAUAUAAUAGGGCUUUAAAUUGCCAAAUGAUUUCUUGCCAGGGUAACAAAAAGAUACACAUUUCUGAACUCUUCAGAGGUAUGCAACUUCAGCUGGUUAGAUACUCCUUAAGGGAAGAAGUAAGGAUCUGUAGAUAUAUAGAUGUCCUUAAAUUUUUUUAUCCUUAUUGUUAAAAUGUUUUGUAGCAUCUAAGUAAAUUAUUUGGUUAAGUAUGCUGUCAUGAGCAAAGGUUCAUCAUCUCUCUGCUGUAGCUAUGGUACACAGCCUCUGUAUGUAUAUGCUUCCAUGCCCAAGAAACUUUCUAUUCUUGUGCCAUGGAUGACUCUGGAUUUGGAAGCUAGAUUCCCCACCAAAACUGCAAUUUCUUGGUUAUAUGAAAAAGAGAGUUGAACCUAAAAAGAGCCUAAAAAGAGCCACAACAAACAUAUGGAAAACAUAGUUUCAUCCAGCAAGUUUCAACUAUGCAACUCAGUUACUUCCCACUGUGUUUUAGGGGUCCUUCUGCUUCCUCAGCUGUGUAUAGUGGCUCAUGCCCAUCACUAAUUUCAUGAUAUAAAUGUUUCAAGAUAAUAGCUGUACUUUGAGUCUUGAGAUAAUAGCAUGAUGCAACCAGUCUUUCCGCCACCUUUUCAAACAUUUAUUUCUAUAAUGACCAAGGACAUUACUUUUUUUUCUAGAGAAAAAGUAGACAGGUGUUAAAUACAAUAUGGGCUUAUCAAAGGAAGAAUGGCUUCCAAAUGGGCUACGCUUGAAAUAUUAGCUUCAGGCCACAAGUGCCAUAUCUAGGAAAGUUUCAAGGUAGGGAUUUUGCCACAGACAAACUAUGGUGCCAAAUGCAACUUUCACUAGAAUUUUUAUUUCUUUUACCCACCAAGCCAUUCUAAGUGACGGGUAUAUUCUGUAAGGUUGAUUGAUUUAUAUGUCAUUGUCAUGCAUGUGUUCUGUAAUAACACUUAGAAUAACAAGGAAUAUGGAUCUGACAAGGUCAUAUGCCCUACCAAAAUAACCCCAGAAUGUAAACAUGGCUGAAAUGCUCUUCGUUGUCAUGUCUUUUACACCCAUCUUUCUCUUAAUUUAGUUUGUCUUCCAAAAUUCCAUAAAGUGUUAUGAUACAGCAAUUGCAAUUUAUGUAAAAAUUGUAAAGAACAUGUAUAAUAUUUUACACCAAAUGUAAUCAGAUCUAUCUUGCAUGUAGAAGCAAUUUAUGAAGUUAUUACAAAGUGUAUAGUAAAUUCUAAGGCAAUUUUUCACAGCACCACUUUUUCAGCAUUUGUAUAUUCAAUUUUUUUUUUGUGUCAAGAUCUUUCUAACUGGUUCCCUGGGGUUUUCUUUUUACCAGACUUUGAGUUAAUUCUGAUGAUGUAGUUGUAGAUAUAGGAUCUUUUACAGACGAACUGGGCAUAAGUGAGAUAAUUUCAGUGUGGAAAAAAAUAUUUGCAUAAGAAAGUAAUUUGGAACAGACAGUUAUGUAACAUUCUAGCAAAUUAAGUCUUUAAAUUGGUAAUAAAUAUUUAUACAUAUAAA